AUGGAUUCAUCUUGGCUUAAAGGGUUGCUCUCCAUUUUCUCGGAAACCUUCAAAACCAUCCCCAAAAAUCCCACCUUGAUCACAUGGGUCGCCAUUGCCAUCCUCGUCUUCAACUCCUUGAUCUACUUCGUAGGCCUUUGCUUCCUCAGGCUAUUGGUCAACUCCUUCCAGAGCAUGGCCGCCGACCCUACCAACCUCGACAAAAUCUUUAGCUCCUUGGCUUCCAUCAUCACCUACGAGCUAAUCAUGGCGCUCAUCAUCUCACUCUCGUCCCUCUUCGUAGCUUCGUCUACAAUCUUUGCUUCAGCCAUGGUGAUCGGAGGAAAACCCACCACGACAGUCAAAGGCGUGUUUUCGAGGGUAAUAAGGUCUUGGAAAGGACCUUCGGUGACUUGGGUUUACAUGACCCUUUUCCUAUUGGGAUACAUGUGUAUAUUGUUUGCGAUUAUGUACCCUUUCACCCUUAUGUUCAUGUCUAGCCUACGAGUUUUGUCGGUCACAAUGUACAUUUUUGUGGGUUUGGGGUCGGUUUUGGGGUCUUACUUGCUAGUGGAUUUGAGUUUGGGCAUGGUUGGCUCGGUCGUGGAGCAAGGGAUCUAUGGCCUCGAAGCGAUUGGGAAGGCGGCUAGGAUUGCCAAAGGGAUGAAGCUACAUGGGUUCGUUGUGAAUCUGGUGUUUGGAUUGGUGGGUUGGGGUUUCAUGAAGUGUUUGGCCUUGGUUGGAGUCCGGUUGCCCGGGGCCGGUCAAGUGGUUUCUCCAACCGGUUUGGCUGGUCUCGGGUGGCCAACUGCCGGCCAGAUCGUCGUGGGUUUGGUUGUGGCCAACUGCUUUUGUUUGUUGAAGAUGUUGUGGUGGGUGGCUUAUAGUGUUAUGUUCUAUGAGGGUAUGAAGAGACAUGGUGAAGAGGUUGUUCAGUUGGAUGAGGAUGUGGAGUACACUAAAGUUCCAACUCGAUCAAUGGUCUAA